AUGAGCCGAUGCGCCCGAGACGAGGAGAGGCAGCUUGUAUGGAACAGGCUCAAAGAAAUCAUGUACGAACUGACAUUGGCAACCAAAAAGGCUUGGAAGGAAAAGAACGAUCCAGAGCGUCUGUCUAUAUACGUCUCAUUUGCCAAAUUAUGCAAAAGCUAUCUGGACGUUGCCGACAAGGAAUCGUUUCAGAUUUGUGAAAACACAGCAAAGGAGGCCAAGCUCGCCGGGAAAGGGACAUUGGAAGAUGAUCAAUGGAGAGAAGCGAACCAGUCCAUUGAACAAAUCAGGAAAACCAUAUCGGAUGCGCUACAUGAACGCGAACUUUUAGAUGAUUCAGAGUGA